UGAACCUGAAACAAGCCCCCGUGACGGGUUUGAAACCGACGAACAACGAACGACUGCCGACAUCCGCCGACGCCGAACUCAGCUCGUAAUUGACCCGCCCAACUUUCGGUGCUUCGCGCCUGCGUGUUUGCUCCUUUUCAAAAACCCCCAAUAUAUAUCACCAAGUCAGCACGAUGCCUUUCUGGGGAUCAAAGUCUUCCCAAACUCCGGCGGAGAGUGACGCCAGCUCUAAUGAUGCAUCCACUCCCCAGAACGAUCCCGUGGCGUCAGCCUCGCAGGCGGCGGGCACUGCUUGGCUCGCUGGCCAUCUGCACCAUUUGACUGACGACCAGGAAAAGAAGCUGGAGGAUUUCAAGAAGCUGUGUAAGGAAAGAGGCUACUACAAGCCUGAACGGGACGGAGAGAAGGCGAGCCAUGAUGAUGCGACGAUGCUGCGCUUCCUUCGCGCACGCAAGUUUGAUAUCGAGGGUGCUUGGGGCCAGUUCAAGGAUACAGAGGAUUGGCGUCGGGACAAUGCCAUCGAGUCGCUGUACGAGAACAUCGAAGUGGACUCGUACGAUGCUGCCAGGCGGAUGUACCCGCAAUGGACCGGUCGUCGAGACCGCCGCGGUAUUCCCGUUUAUGUUUUCGAGAUCAAGCACCUGAACAGCAAGAACAUGGCCGCAUACAACUCAACCAUGUCCUCUUCCGCCUCGACUGCCGAGACGCACCAGUCCUCUACGGUCCCGCAGCGUCUCCUGCGCCUUUUCGCUCUUUACGAGAACCUCCUCAACUUUGUCAUGCCAUUGUGUUCGCAGCUCUCUCGCCCGAACCCGGAAACGCCUAUUGUCACAUCAACCAACAUUGUCGAUGUUAGCGGGGUUGGGCUCAAGCAGUUCUGGAACCUGAAGGGACACAUGCAAGAUGCUAGUGUCCUGGCCACUGCCCAUUAUCCCGAGACAUUGGACCGGAUCUUCAUCAUCGGCGCCCCCUCUUUCUUCCCCACCGUCUGGGGCUGGAUCAAGCGCUGGUUCGACCCAGGCACCACCUCGAAGAUCUUCAUCCUCUCCGCCGCCGAAGUAAAACCCACUCUGACCUCCUUCAUGGACCCCUCCAGCAUCCCUAAGCAGUACGGCGGCGAGCUGGACUGGCAGUGGGGCGACAUGCCCUACCUCGACGAAGAAGCCCGCAAGCUCGUUGGGGUUCUGGAAACCUCUCCUACCGAGGGAGAAACCAAGCCUGGCUUCAUCAAGGGCCCAGUUUUGUUCAAGGGCGACCAUGUCGAGGUCCUCGGAAAGGUGAACGGUGAGAGCCGAAAAUCCAAUGUCCCUGUUGGUGCGUCUCCAGCAGAGUCGAGCAACGGCACCGCUCCUGUCCAGGCUGAAAAGCCCACCGAGCAGGAGCAAGCGCUGCCUGAACCUGGCAGUGAAAACGAGAAGGUGGCGUCUUCGGAGACAGAGACGGCAGCCAACGGGGAGAAUGCCCCUGCGCAAACAGUGGCUGCUUAAUCCACUUCUCUUCACAACAUUACUACAUAUUACACUUUCAGAAUCUUCCAAUAUUCCCAUCCACCAUCAAGAUACUAAUCAGAGCGCCAUCGCUUACCUCCACCCACCCUAGAUUAUCUACCUCUCAUAACAACACAUUGCCGCAGCAUUAGAAAUCCUUCCUGGGCUAGGUUACUUACUUCAUAGGACACUGUCCACUUCACUUCCCUUCCUGUUAUCUGUUACAUACACACAUACACGCAUACAUCUUCAUCCUGUCCAAUUCCUUACCUGUGGCUUGAAAUAUCAUCUGUCUGAGCAGCAGCAGAACCAUAGAAAGAUGCAUAAUUAUUUCGGGGGAUCUUAUCAUUUAUUCAUUCUGAUUAAAUUAAUAUCCGUUCAUUGAAAC